AUCAUUUGCAGCGGUGACUGGUGGUUUUGGUAACUAGUUGCUAUGGUAACUGGUUGUUUUAUACUGCUAGCUAAAACAGACAAGUUGCUGCCCCUGGUUUCUCUGAGCCAGGACAAGAGCAGCGGGAACAACAUCCCAAUGAUAACUGAGCUGGUGAACGACUCAAACGUCCAGUUUCUGGACCAGGAUGACGACGACGACCCCGACACGGAGCUGUACCUCACGCAGCCGUUCGCCUGUGGGACAGCGUUUGCCGUCAGCGUGCUGGAUUCAUUAAUGAGUGCUACCUACUUCAAUGACAAUAUUCUGACUCUGAUCCGGACGCUGGUGACCGGCGGAGCCACGCCGGAGCUGGAGGGUCUGCUGGCGGAGGAGAAUGCGCUGCGCGGAGGAUACAGCACACCGCAAACGCUGGCCAACCGAGACCGUUGCCGCGUCGCACAGCUAGCGCUUUACGACGGACCCUUUGCAGAUCUGGGGGAUGGGGGCUGUUAUGGUGAUUUAUUCUGUAAAGCAUUGAAGACGUACAACAUGUUGUGUUUUGGAAUCUACCGAUUAAGAGACGCACAUCUGGGAGCACCCAGCCAGUGCACCAAACGAUACGUGAUUACGAACCCUCCCUACAACUUCGAGCUGGUGCCUACAGAUCUGAUCUUCUGCCUGAUGCAAUUCGACCACAACGCCGGCCAGACGCGCACCAACCUGUCCUCCCACCCCACCUUCUGUCCCAGCAAGAAGAGCCCAUCCGCCCACUCCAUCCCCUCAUCCGCCCGGCCGGGCCGCAGCCGGAGCCGCGACCUGCGCGACAAACAGAAUGUGCCCUGCAGGACGAAUAGAGGGGUUUCAGAUAAAAACUGGUACACAGAUGAACCCGAGAACUGCUUCCCCAGAAACACGCAAAGCAAACACACCAACACACACACAGCCAAUCAGAUCAAUCAGUUCAAAUCCACCAGCAACAUCAUCCAGCCAAUCAGAGAAGUGGAGGAGGAGCCUUGAGACGACAUCAUCCACACACAGACUGGAAAUCAAUCAUGAACGACGUCAGAGAUGGAGUUCAGUGGUUCUCAACUGGUUUUGCUGCUGGAGAUCAAACCCAACACUGUUUAUCAUAAAGAUGAAAUUCUGAUGGUUUCAUGAUUCUAGCAGCCAGUAAUUUGCACAAAACUCAUUGUGGUCAAUCUGAUUUUUGCUGCAAGUGAACCCGUUUUUAAUGUCUUGGAUGUACACGAUAAAAUUUCCACUUCAACUCAAAGACUUAACAUCAGUUGCCUUAAUCUCAUAU